AUGACGCAAACGAGCCAUCUGAUAGCACUGUUCUGUCUCGUGUCGGCUGUGGCGGCCAUCCCCGUACGUCAAAGCCACCUCCUGUCGGCGAUGCAGAACAUGCAGCGACAGUACGACGCACGAACGGGCAAGGGGUCGGCCGACUACCUACAGGAACUGGAAGGUGAGGCCGCCGGCCAGCAAGCUGACAGCGGGAAAGCAUCCCCGGAUGUGGACCAGAGUUCGUCCGCUUCUGCCGGAAGUCCCGAGCCACUGCCCACCGCCGUUCCUGUGCCGAAUCUUCGCAAGAACAAGAUGUUGGGUUACUUUGGGCUGUAUUCGCCGGCGGCCCUGAGUGCGGCAGCAGCGGCGGCAUACGCACAACCGUACGGUUACCCGCUGUAUCACUCGAUGCUGGACUACUACGAUGACUAUCUGCCGGUGGACAACUAUCCGAGCUUAAACAUGCUGGCCAACAUGCAAACAUACCCGCAGAAUGUGUACGCCAACAUGGCGAACGGGUUGGGGUCGUACCAGACGAUGAGCAACCUUUCGCCCAACCUGCAGCAACAGCUCAACAGUCUCGUUCAGCAGCAGCAGCAGCAGCAGCAACAGCAACAGUCGGCUAAUCCGCAGUUGGCCAACUUGGCUGGUUUGGAUGCGAAUGCGGCCUCGCUAGGAAGUUUUCAGAGCCUGGCCGCUAGUUUUGCCGCCGGCAAUGACAACUUCCAGGGGUUGGAAGAUGAAGACAUCCUGUCCCGCCACAGUCAAGCCGGCCGGCGUCGUCCAACCGUGAAGAACUCACCGAUCUACUACAUCCGGUUGCCUCCCACGCCGUACAUGUUCGUUCCGGGCGUCGGUUACAUCUCACAACCCCCAACGAUUCAACCGAUGGCCGCACCGGUUCCACAAUAUCCACAGCUUGCCCCACCGCCCCCUGUAACGAUGAGCCCGUUCUAUCAGCUCCCGAUCAACUUCGUAUCGAACGGCAAACCUUCCGGCAUUUACCAGUGGAAUGGUGCUCCGGCAGCACCGGCAGCUCCGCCACAGCCAACGUUCGCCCUGCCCUACCCGCGCCCGCAGCGACCCGCCUUUGCACCGUCUCCGUUCAUCCAAGACUCGAAGAUCACGCACCUGAAGGGUCCGUUCCUGUUCAAUGGACGACCGGAAGAGAUUUUCCUGCUGCAGAACGCCUUCAACCCACUGUUCCAGAGUCCUCUGAACUCCUACUACUAG